AUGCCAGCAAGCCCGACUCUCUCCGUUCCUACCACGCCAACUGCCGCUCCACGCCAACCUGUCAUUCGCAAGGUAAAGAGGGAGUCAUCGUGGUCGCCGCCACGCCCGCUGGCCACCUCACGCGCUCCUCUCACUACUGCGCGGCACAAGGAAGCAAAGAACGACCAGGUCGGCUUCUUGCACCUCCCUGAUGACGUCCGAAUGCGGAUCUUCAAGCUUGCCAUCUUCGACCAUGACCGUGGUAUGCUCGAGAAAGCCUGCACACCGUAUACAUUGACUGAUUUUCAGGUGCUGUUUUUCUGCCACGCAAUCACCCACGCAAGGUUGUACCAGGGCUUGACGACGUUGAUCUCGUUUGUGUGAACCCGACCUGCCUACAUGGUCAUGAAGAAGUCGGUUUUGAUAUGGACUAUCGUCUGUGUCACCUAGUCUCCACUUCAGAGGAGGGCACCGCAUCAGCUGGAGAGUGGAUUGGUCCGGAGACUCCAGGAGUCGAAGAGCCACUUGAACUCGGCGUACCCUAUCAAGACUUGCUGGAAAUGACAGAUGGCGAGGUCCUGCAGCUCAUUGAGCCUUUCGAAGAUGAACAAGGCGAAGCAGGGGAGUCUGCGGUAACAGCCACUCUGAAUGGUGCCUCCGAUGGAUCAUCUGAUGAGUCUCACGAAGACUUGGACGAAUCUCUCUGUCAGUGUAUAUGGUGCUACCGGGAGCGAGCAAACCACAAUGAUUCGCUCAGCGCCUCAGAUGAUGACGUUGCUGAAGGGUCUGAGAACCGAUGUACGGAUCUUGACAGCACCAACUUCUUCCAAGGCCUCUCUGAUGAGGAGCUGUCCGAGGGCGAUAGCAGCAACUCUCCAGGUUGCAAUCUCAAUCCAUGUGACGACCUAGACUGCCGCCGCUGCGUCGACCAUCCAGAUAGAUUCGAAGACUACACCAAGACUGACUCUGACCAGUCGAAUGUCCUCAAAUUCCAGGAGCUCCAUCAACCAGAUGACCUGGAGCAUGCGGACACUGAAGAGGUGACCGGGAUGCUAUAUGAACCACAAGAGCCGGCCAUCUUGAAAGCCUCCAGGGAAAUUCGUGCUCAGGCGCUGCCAACCUACUACAGCACCAACGCGUUCUCCUGGCGUUUCCUGUGGACCGAUUAUGAAGGCUCGUGUUUUCGCUUCAAGGCCUGGGCUCUUUCCAUCCCACCUUCCGGUAUCGAGGCAAUGACUAAAGUCACAUUUCAGGGCCGUCACGCGGUGGAGGAGGGCGUGGAAUUCUCCAUAGACAUCGAUCUGACGGAUGAUCAUCCUUUCUUCGAAACGAAUGUCUACUGCGACGAGACUGACGAGGCUGUUGGCUCCAUUUGCGAGGCGAUCAACAGGGACACAGCACGACUUUUAUGGUUUGGAUCUCGGACACACCGCUCACGUACCAUUCUGGCUGCUGACAUCCUUUGCGAGUUGGCAAACAUUUUCGUACAAGGAAUGCAUUGGUAG